AUGGCUGCUGAAUUUGUUACCGCUGCUGCUGCCAACACGGUUGGGAACCUGGCAACAGGAUACGGAUCACUUUAUCUCAGUUACUUUUUCCGUUUUGGCAAAAUUGUCGAAGAUUUCAAGAUUCAGCGAAACAAAUUGGAAUUGAAAAAAGAUCGGCUAAAAAUUGACAUCGAUGAGGCCAAACGGCAAACAAAGGUAAUUGAGAAGGACGUUGAGGAGUGGUUAACAGAGGCAGAGAAAGAAUUGGGAGAAGCUCAGAGUUUGGAAGAUGAAAUAGAACGAAACAAGUGUUUCAAUUGGUGUCCUAGUUGGGGCUGGCGAUACUGCUUAAGUAUCAGAGUAGCGAAGAAGACACUUUGUAUCUCUAAACUUUUAGAGACUAGUAAUUUUCAACGAAUCGGCCAGCGUCCUCCUCUUCAAGGAAUAGAGUUCCUACUACCCAAGGAUCUCAUGCGUUCCGAAUCUUCAACGUUAGCUUUCAACGGGAUCAUGAAGGCUUUGAAAAGCGAUGGUGUGAACAUGAUUGGAUUGUACGGAAUGCCAGGAGUGGGUAAAACAACUUUGGCGGAAGUAGCAGGGAAGCAAGCUAUGGAACAAAAGCUCUUUGAUAAAGUAAUGAUUGUUAGGGAGGUGUCCCAAAAAGCAGACAUCAACAUUCGAGAAAGGAUUGCAGAACUCUUUGGUUUAGAAUUUAAUGCAAGUACAGAAGAAGGAAAAGCAAAAGAGUUAUGGCGGAGAUUAAAAGGCCAGAAGAAGAUUCUCAUUAUUCUCGAUGAUGUUUGGAAAGAACUUGAAUUGCGAAAUAUAGGAAUUCCAUUCGGUGGUGAACACGAGGGUUGCAAAAUUCUUCUAACUACACGUCUUCAACAAGUCUGCAGUCAAAUGGAUUGUCAAGAGGAAUUUAAACUGAACAUUCAAUCUGAUGAUGAAGCAUGGGCUUUAUUCCAAGAUGAAGCUGGUGUAGAAGAUGACUCUCCCACCUUGAAUGUAGCCAAGGAAGUUGCUCGUGAAUGCAACGGUUUGCCUCUUGCAAUUGUAACUGCGGCAAAAGCUCUAAAAGGUAAAGAACUAAAUGGGUGGAUGGUAGCAAAUCAACAACUCAAAGACUCAAGAUAUUCAAAUAAUGAAGAUGUUUUCAGGGGUAUCUAUGCAUGCCUAGAGCUUAGUUAUCAUUAUUUGGAUCAAGAUAGUAUCAAGCAAUGUUUCUUGUUGUGUUCCCUUUUUCCAGAAGAUUAUGAGAUUAGUAUUGAGUUGUUGAUUAUGUUUGGAAUUGGUCAGGGAUUGUUCAAUAAUAAUUACGUCAUUGAAGACUUAAGGAAGGAAAUUUGUCAAGCACUAUUAAAACUGCAACAGUCGGGUUUGUUAUUGGAAACUGAUGAUAAAAAAUUUGUAAAGAUGCAUAAUGUGGUUCGCAAAUUUGCUCAUUGGAUAACAUUGAGGGGGGAAAAUAUGUUCAUGAUAAAAAAUGGAUUGAGGGAAUGGCCUUCGAAUGGAAGUUUUAGUUGUUAUACGGCAAUCUCUCUAUGGAACAAUGAGAUAGUUAAUUUUCCUGAGAAUAUGGAAUUUUCAAAACUCAAGACUUUGCUUUUGGCAGAAAAGCAGUCAUUGCAAGUUUCGAGAAAGUUUUUUGAUGGAAUGAAAACUCUCCAAGUUUUAUUUCUCCAAGAUGUCAUAUUGUCGUUGGAAGCACUUCAAUUCUUGACAAAACUACGAACUCUAUGCUUUAUAGAUUGCAAGCUCGAGAACAUCUCAUCAUUGAGAAAUAUGAAAAACCUUGAGAUCUUUGCAUUGUUAAAUACUAAUAUUCAUGAGCUACCUGAAGAAUUAGUGGAAUUGCAUGGACUCAAAUCACUGUAUUUUUCUUGCAUUGGACCCAGCAAUGUCUCCCCUAACUUGAUUUCAAGGUUAACGUCACUCCAAGAGCUACACGUGACAAAUGAAAACAAUGUUAACUUAUUGGAGCCGAAAUCAUUGUCUCGUUGGACUGCAUUAACACUGAGAGUUUCUACUGAUCAAUAUUUCGAAGAAAACUGUGUGUUCCCCGAACUACGAAGCUACAAUAUAGUUGUAGAAUUUGAAAAUAUGGAGGGGCUGACCUCGGGAACCUUGAGAAUUAGCGAGCUGUUUUGCAAUGUGAAAAGUCUUACUCUGACGGAUAUCAACAUGGAACGCAAAAAUAGCUACUCACGUUGCCUUGCUCAAAGUGUGAUGCAUCUAGAACAACUCAAGAUAUCUACAUACAGUAAAUUAGAACACGUCUUUGCGUUUGCCAAAGAAAUGGUUGAGCAAGAGGUACCUCUUCUCUCUCCAUUUUUCCUUCAAUAA